AUGACACUUGCUGGGCUCAAUACUGUGGAUCUGUCUUCAUUGAACACUUUCCAGCAGUUUAUUCUCUUUUUAGAACUACUGCUUGGUUCAUCGGUCUUCGUCUCAAUAGUGAUAGUUCAUAUUCGGCGAUUCGCGUUUGAGAAAAGAUUCGCGCAAAUUGCAGCAGAUAGGAACCGAUCAGGUGGUCAUUCAAAGGAAGUAGCACCCCAUGGCGGCGAGAUCCCUGACACGAAGACGGUCGAGGCUGUUCCCUGUACAGUUCACAAUGAUCUGGAUAUCAACAUUCAUGGACAACCGUCUGCGAUUAGGUUGCACAAUCGUUCAUCAGCUGGACAACCGGAUGAUCUCCAUGUCACACAGAGUGGACCUCUAGAUCAUGCAAAGGCCCAUAGAAGCGAUCUAGACCAGGAGCAAAGGUUUCAUCUCGGGGGACUCGAGUAUCGAGCCAUUUAUUUGCUCUCAUGGAUCGUUCCAGCGUAUUUCAUCCUUUGGCAGCUUUUGUCUUGUAUUUCCCUUGGAGCAUGGAUCGCAACCUAUAAGGCGGAUGUGACCCGGGCUAACGGGUUGAACCCCUGGUGGGUCGGGGCGUUUAAUACGGUCUCCGCAUUUAACAACUCUGGGAUGAGUUUACUAGAUGCGAACAUGGUUGCUUUUCAAGACUCUUACUUUGUUAUUGUGACAAUGUCAUUUCUUAUUCUAGCGGGGAAUACAUGCUUCCCGAUCUUCCUGCGACUAAUCUUGUGGACUCUUUUCAAAAUCCUGCCGGAAGACGGCUACUUCCAUGAGACAAAACGGGCGCUGGGUUUCUUGCUGCGUCACCCGCGGAGAUGCUUUACUCACCUAUUCCCUCCCCAGCAUACAUGGUGGCUACUGACAGCUGUGAUAUUCUUGAAUGGGACCGACUGGGUGGCAUUCGAAGUUCUAAAUAUUGGAAUACCUGAAAUCGAAAAACUCCCACUGCCAGCAAGAAUCAUUGAUGGCCUCUUCCAAGCGUUAGCCAUCAGAAGCGGAGGCUUCUACGUUGUGCCGAUUGCUGCCACUAGAAUCAGUCUUCAAGCCCUAUACGUAAUUAUGAUGUAUAUUGGGGUAUAUCCAGUCGUCAUUACGAUCCGCAGGAGUAAUGAAUACUUAUAUCGAAGUUUGGGUAUUUAUGAAGGUGAUGAUGAAGAGAAGGCAGACGACGAUACUAUCUAUGAACUUCGUCAAGAAAAGAUAAAACCAUUCCUCGGUUUCUUCACAUCCCAGUUGAAAGCCCAGCUUUCUAACGAUCUUUGGUUUCUCAUUUUCGGCAUCUGGGUUAUCGUUGUUAUCGAGGCGAAGAGAAUUGAGGCUGACCCAAAGAACUUCUCGUUUUUCAAUAUCUGCUUCGAAGCUGUUUCCGGAUACGGUACCGUCGGUGUCAGCACUGGAUUCCCAGAUGUUAACUACUCUUUCGCAGGGGAAUUCAAAUCGCUAUCUAAACUCGUAAUGUGUUUGAUUAUGUUGCGGGGACGCCAUCGUGGGCUUCCAAUCUCACUCGAUAAAGCCGUACAGCUGCCCAGCGAUGUUAACCCACCUCCAAACGACGAGAAAUAA